AUGAGUCUACAUCUACCAUCGCGGCGGGCGCUCAGGUCCGCCGCCUCUCUGACCUCGUCCUCCUUCCUCAUCCCACGCACUCACCACCGAACCCUCUUUAACAACUUCAACGUCAAGGGCUGGGGAACCGGCAAAAGGGACGUCCAAGACGCCAGCGCGAAGCCCAGCAACCCAUUAACCGAAGACUACCUGAAGCGAAAGCCCAAGCCGCAAAACUCGCUCCUGCGAGGAGGACUCUCUUCGUCCUCCAUCCUGGAAGACGAAGAAGUAGCAGGACCGAAGCCAGCAGCUGGGAGAGCUGCGGAUCAACAACCUUUGAGUAGGGAUCCAGAUACUAUGGCCGCAGCUACAGAUCCGGAUCCCAACUCGAGGAAACGCUGGGAGAGGAAGAUGGUUAUCAGGGAUAUACAUAAACGGGGACGGUUGACGCGGACUCAAUUGUUGAAGAAGCAAGAACGGGUGCUGUUGAGCAAGAGUCAUGAUUUCAAAACCUCGGUAAAGAAGUUGAAUCCGCUUGCGAGACAGAUAGUAGGGAAGACCGUCGAGGAUGCUAUUAUUCAGAUGCGAUUCUCAGUGAAGAAGGCAGCGAAAGACGUGAAGGAGCAUUUGGAGCAUGCGAAGAACGAGGCGAUUGUGAGGAGGGGGAUGGGGUUGGGAAAGGCCAAGGGGGAGGAUUUCACGCCGGUGAAGAUUGCGACGAAGGUUAAGAAGAGUGUAAGAGUUGAUGAUCCAACGAGGUUAUAUGUUGACCAGGCAUGGGUUGGCAAGGGGUUGUAUGGAAAAAGUUUGGAUUCGAGGGCGAGAGGCAGGGUUUACAUUCUGAAAAAUCCUACAACGAGCUUGACAUUGGUUUUGAAGGAAGAGAAGACUCGGAUUCGCCUGCACGAGGAGAAGCAGGAGAAGCUCAGGAGACGCAAGGUGUGGACGCAGCUGCCCAACAGACCUAUAACUGCUCAGAGACAGUAUUAUUCAUGGUAG